AUGCGUGUCACGGCGCGGCGCGCCGGCGUCCUCGGGACGGUGGACUCCCGGCCUACCAACUCGCUGGCGGACGCGGCGCGCGCGCUCUGUGGCUCCUCCCACGACGAGGGCAUCGCUUCCGGGAACAGGCUGAUGGGCGCGCACCUGAGGGCCGGCAGGCCGGGCGCCGCUCGAGAGGUGUUCGACGGAAUGCCGCGGCGCGAUGUGGUGUCCUGGAACUCCCUCAUGGCCGCGCACGCGCGGGAGGGCGCGCACCAGGAGGCUGCAUACGCCUUCCUGGAGUUGAGGCGAUGCAGGCUCAGGCCGGACCACACCUCCUUCUCCACCGUGCUGUCGGCCGUCGCGCGGCUGGAGGCUCUGGAGCUGGGGCGAUGCGUCCACGGCCUCGCGCUCAAGGCCUGCUCCACGGGCAAUGUGUUCGUGGGCGCCUCACUCGUCACCAUGUAUGCCAGCUGUGGGGUUUUCGCCUGCCUGCAGCGGGUCUUUGACGGUGUCGACGCUCCAAAUGUGGCCUUGUGGAAUGCUCUUCUAUCAGGCCUCGUGAUGAACCAUCGGGUAGCAGACGCCCGCAUGGUUUUCGAUCAGAUGCCCGGUCGCAAUGUCGUGUCCUGGACGGCCAUGGUAAAAGGCUAUGUUACGGUGCACGAGGUGGACCUGGCAUUAGAGCUGUUUGACUUGAUGCCCAUGAAGAAUUCUGUGUCGUGGUGUGUCAUCAUAGGAGGGCUUGUCCACCAUCAGCAAUUCAGAGAGGCAAUUGAACUGUUCAAAGGUUUGAUGAGGAAUGGGGAUGAAGUCACAAAUGCGGUUCUAGUUAAGGUUGUGAAUGCUUAUGCUGGCCUGAAAAGUAUUGGAGGAGGCAGAUGCAUUCAUGGGUUUUCUGUGAAGUGUGGAUUUGUUCUUGACCUGAUUAUCGAGACAUCAUUAGUUGCGAUGUACUGUAACUCCUUGGACAUCGAUGAAGCACAAUUGGAGUUUGAUAAGUUGGACAGAAAGCAUGUCGGUUCAUGGAAUGCCAUCAUAUGUGGCUAUAUUUAUUCAGACAAGAUUGAUGAGGCUAGAGAACUUUUUGAUUCCAUGACUGAAAGAGAUAAGGUCUCGUGGAACUCGAUGAUUAAUGGCUAUAUCAGAGAUGGAAGAAUUACUGAUGCUACUGAGUUAUACUCAAGGAUGCCUGAGAAGAACGUGGAAGCAGCUACUGCUUUGAUGUCAUGGUUUGUAGACAACGGAAUGCUAGAUAAAGCACGGGAUAUGUUUUAUAGUAUGCCCCAAACAGAUGUAAUGUCUUGUACAUCUUUACUCUUUGGAUACAUGAAAGAAGGAUAUCUGGAUGAUGCACUGGACCUUUUUCAUAGGAUGCACAUGAGGACUGUUGUCACUUACAAUGUAAUGAUAGCUGGUUUUCUUCAUCAAGGAAAGGUUACUGAAGCUUACAGGCUCUUCAAUGAAUCACCUUCUCAUGAUUCAGUGACUUGGAGCUGUUUAAUUACCGGGCUCGCUCAAAAUGGUUUAACUGAUGAUGCACUUAGGAUGUACAAGAAAAUGCUAUUAACAUAUGUGCGCCCAAGCGAGUCAGUUGUUUCUAGCCUCUUAAGCUGUUUUGCACACCAUUCUAUGAUUGUUCAUGGUCAGCAGUUUCAUGCCACAACUAUCAAGCUUGGACUCGAGUUAUGUUUACUAAUUCAGAAUUCACUCAUUAGCCUAUAUUGCAAAUGUGGCAAAAUGGUUGCAGCCCAGAAUAUUUUUGAUCAGAUGGGUAAAAGAGAUGUGGUUACAUGGAAUACAAUAAUUCAUGGAUAUGCAUUCAGUAGCCUUGGUGAAAAUGCUAUUGAAAUGUUCGAGAAUAUGAAGAGGGCACAAGUUGAUCCUGAUGAUAUCACAUUUCUUGGUGUACUGUCUGCAUGUAGUCACAUGAGUCUUUUGGAGGAAGCAAAACAUUUCUUCAAUGCGAUGACACGUGAUCAUGGAAUUGUGCCUAAUAUAACGCACUAUGCUUGCAUGGUUGAUCUAUUUUGUAGGAGAGGCAUGGUUGAGGAGGCUGAAGGGUUAAUGAAGUCAAUGCCAUUUGAACCUGAUUCAGCAAUAUGGACCUCUCUCUUGAGCAGUUGCAGACUGAGUGGCAAUGAUAAGUUAGCAGAGCAUGCGGCAAGCCAAUUGAUCGCCAUAAAUCCUGGUACUAAAAUGCCUUAUCUGCACCUCAUCAGUGUACAUGGAUCAACAAAUAGAUGGGGUAUGAUUGAUAGUCUGCGAAGUCAAAUUAGGAGAACUGCCACUCAGAAAGAAGUUGGUUAUAGCUGGAUUUAG